AUGAGGAGAGCAGAUUUUCACUUUCAUCUGAAAUGUCAGGAGCUCAGAAUUACCCACCUUGCAUAUGCUGAUGAUCUCCUACUAUUCUCUAGAGGUGAUAGAUCCUCCACGAGGGUUAUCAUGGGUUGCUUAGAGCAGUUCGAAAUGAUGGAGGGUUUGCGGCCGAAUUUGAACAAAUCAUGUAUUUAUAUGGCUGGCCUAGAGGGAGAUGCACGACAGGAGUUGCUCACCAUCACAGGUUUUCAGGAGGGGCACAUGUCUUAUAGAUACCUGGGGAUCCCACUAGCAUCAGAAAAGCUCAAAAUUACAGAUUAUGGUCCCUUGAUGGAUGCGUUGAGCAGGAAGAUCAGUAUAUGGCCGAAGCUUACUCUUUCUUAUGCAGGGAGAGUUCAGUUGAUACAGUCAGUGCUGCAAGGAGUGGAGUGCUAUUGGAUGUCGAUCUUGCCAUUACCGAUGGGAGUUGUGGAGCGGUACUAUGGCGAAUACAUGAUAAGCAGGAUGCUCUCUGGAUUCGAUGGGUUCAUCACACUUACUUAUAGGACAGACAUAUGGCGAUGGAGAAACAGGCACACUGACUCUCCACUUCUGAAGAGGCUAGUACAGAUACGGGACCGCAUGGUUACUUCAGUUGGAUCCGUACAGAUGGUACAACAGACCCUGGCAGGUUGGUUUGGCCAGGCCAGCUCGACUCACAGAGGCGUCAGUCAGGCAUAUGAUUUCUUCCGAGAUACUGGAGCCCGUGCACUAUGGACACAGACAGUAUGGAGGAAACAUAUCCAACCCAGCCAUAGCUUCACCCUAUGGUUACUUGCACAUCGUAGGUUACCUACCAAGGAUCGAUUGGAGUACCUUGGGGAGGCUGACAGGAUUUGCUUAUUAUGUGGCUCGAAGGAGGAGACGCAGGAUCAUCUAUUUUUCGGAUGCCCACAGAUACGAUGGAUAUGGGACUGUAUCAGGGAUUGGCUACACAUGACACAAGAUGACUACGCAUCGACGGAUGUUGUGGGUGUUCGUGCGGCGCUACCGGGGGACGGGGAUACUGAUGCGAGCGCGCCACGCUGCUAUGGCUAUGAUGAUACAUUAUGUUUGGCAGGCCCACAACCAGUUGCGAUUUGA